AUGGAGACGGGCGUCCAGCAGGGGGCGCCUCAGAGGAGGAUGCAGCUGCAGGAGGAGCCCAUCUGGCUGCUCAGGACCCCGUGCUGCUGGGUGGCCACGGUCUGGAUCAGGUUCCAGAAGUGUUUGAAGGACAAAACCCCAAUCAGGCCUCAAAUGGCGCCCCCUCCUGGUCGGGGAACUGGGGGGCGCAGCCUCUCUUCAGCUUCUUUCCCUCCGGCGUGCCCCGGAAAAACUCCAGGUAAGUUUCACCAUUUCUACUACAGACAGAAACAAGUCAGGCCUCAAAUGGCGCCCCCUCCUGGUCGGGGAACUGGGGGGCGCAGCCUCUCUUCAGCUUCUUUCCCUCCGGCGUGCCCCGGAAAAACUCCAGAUUUGACUGGACUGGUUGCGUGUCUCUGUGCGCAGGCGGAGGCGGAGGUGGCCUCCCUGAACAGGCGCAUCCAGCUGGUGGAGGAGGAGCUGGACCGGGCUCAGGAGCGGCUGGCCACCGCUCUGCAGAAGCUGGAGGAGGCCGAGAAGGCCGCGGACGAGAGCGAGAGGUGGGACGGAGGGGGAUUAGCAUCCGUCUAG